AUGAACGUCGCGGUGGCACCGCCAGUCACGGAUAGCGGUCGCCCAUCCGGCACCGUCAACGAGAUCGCCACUGCACUUGGGCAGUCGCAUAUCACCCCCAAGCAGCUGGCGGAGGCUGUGUGGCGCCAUUUCUUUGUAAUCAUCGCUGAAGAGGGGAUCUCGCGUGGGGAAAUCGUGAAGCGUUUCGAGACUGCGAUGGACAAGAGUCUCACACUCCACCGCCGCACUCCGACUGGCCGCGACCCCCUGCCGCUCCUCGCUGUGCGACUGAACGAGUGGGGCCACCUCACUGUGCUGAAGCCGGAUGGCACAGAGGAGACCCUUGUCGCGGAGUAUCUCUUUUAA